CUAGUAGCCAAGAAUUGGCAUGCACUAAACCAACUUUUAGCCUUCUUCAGAGAUAUAUAGUUCCCACAUUGCAAUCCAGCAUCAGGAUAAGGCAGUGAUAGAUGCAAGUUAGCGUUGCGGGUCUAAUGUCGACGGUUGUUGCGUCUUGCACCCCUAUGAGUCGCUCGCCCGUUCUGCCGUCUUCUUCCGGCACGCCGGCGAGCCGCUCUUGGAGGCCGGCGGCAGCGACGGCGUUCCCUAAUUCUCUCGCCGUCAAGUGCUGCCGGCCGACGUCUGUGGUACUCCGCGCUCACCCGGAGAAACAGCUGCCGGCGUUCAACAUUCCCCCCACCGCCCUGCUGUACCCCGUGCAACCGCCGGACAGCAAGGAGCGGUGGGACAUCAAGGAGGAGGAGAGGCACGUCAAGAUAUGGCUCCAGGUACCCGGGCUCUCGGAGAACGACCUCGAGAUCACCGCCGGCGAGGACAUGCUCGAGAUCAAGAGGAAGGCUGGCACCGGGGCCGGCGGCCGCGAAGAGCCGCCGGUGGAGGUGCACGGGGUGGGCUCCUUCCACGUCAGGCUUCUCAUGACGAAGGAAUACAACAGCGAGGACGUCACCGCGGAGCUCAAGGCCGGGAUGCUGGAGAUUACCAUCGGCAAAGCCGACAACCGUGGCAUCAAAAAACCAGUCGGGUUUGGGAAGAAAAGCACCACCAAGAACACGCCAACCCAAGACAAGCCAAGCUUAAACAGUGCCCAAGGACAAGUGGCCCGGAUGAUUUGGUACUCCAUCACUAAUUCCAAGUGAACCUUCAGGAGGGCCAGCCCGACACUACACUUGAAAGCUCACCACCUCGGGGCGCAGUUUCUCAGGUCCACGACCACGAGCUUCAACUUCAAGGGCACGAUUUGGGAAAAUUGCGAGCCAAGGCGCUAAGAAGUUGAUGCACUGCUUGUUGUGAUGUGCGCUAUUGUAUCCGUAUGAGAUUAUUGGUUUGAAAUUCGCAAAGUCAUUUAUUUUCCGAAAGACCAAUGGCUAUACAUCAAGUAGCAGAUAUCGUUAUAAAA